AUGUUAACUUUACUUGUUCUGCCCGCAGAUUUGACACCGAGCGCUGUGUGCAAGGGCUGCCACCUGCGCAUCCGCGACAAAUACCUGCUCCGCGUGCAUGACGGCCUUUGGCAUGAGAGCUGCGUUCAGUGUGUUACAUGCCGCGAGCCCCUCACGCACUCCUGCUUUCUGCGAGACAACAAACUUUACUGCAGACGCGACUACACCAAGUUGUUUGCGGUGCGCUGUAAGGGCUGUGAGGAGGUCGUCUGCCCCGCCGAGCUGGUGAUGCAGGCUGGGAAGGCGGUGUACCACCUGGCCUGCUUCCGGUGCAGCGUGUGUGGGGUGUGUCUGCAGAGAGGCGACCAGUGUGUGCUCAGAGAGGGCAGGCUGCUCUGUGUCGCCGACUACCAUCAGAGGCCCACCAGUCCAGAAACCAGCCUCUCAGGUAAAAGUGAGGGUGAUGAAGAUGACGAGGAAGACGAGGAGGAUGAGGAAGAGGAGGAUGGAAGCAGGAAGACAGCCAGCGAGCAUAACAGGGGCAGCAGUCUGGACCACAAGAGGCCUAAACGGCCCCGCACCAUCCUGACCACUCAGCAGCGGCGAGCGUUCAAAGCCUCCUUCGAGGUCUCUUCCAAGCCCUGUAGAAAGGUCAGAGAAACGUUGGCAGCAGAGACCGGGCUGAGUGUGCGAGUCGUCCAGGUCUGGUUCCAAAACCAAAGAGCCAAGAUGAAGAAACUGGCCCGUCGACAACAGCAGCAGCAGCAGACGUCUCCACAGGACACACACGACGGACCAGGAUUACACACAGCCCCCCCUGGUGGAGGCAUGACCUCUGACCUGGAAGGACUGGCCUCCUUCUCCUCCCUGCCCCCACAGCGGGCUAUCGUCAUGGAGACACAGGGCAUUAAAAUGGACCACUUCAGACAGGGGCUUACCCCUCCGCAGAUGCCAGGAGAUCACAUGCAUCCCUAUGGCUGUGAGGCCCUUUACUCUGAGAUUGAUGGUGACUCCCUCUGUCACUUAAGCGACUGUCUGUCAUUGAGUGACCCUUCCCUCUUAACACCUAUUGACCGUCUGUACUCCAUGCAGGAGUCCUACUUCACCUCUUGAGACACACACACACACACACACACAUACACACACACACAGACACACAGACACACACACACACACACACACACACACACACACACACACACACACACAGACACAUACACACAUACACACACACACACACAGGGGUGUAGACAGAUCAGAACAGGGACACAAACCUACACUGUCUCUGUGAUGUUUUGAGGCACAUGAACAUACACACAUACACAUACACA